GGGGGGGGGGGGUCAAUGGCCAGCUUUGUUGUGAUUCUUGGGGUGUUUUGGGGUCUCUGCAUCUUGAGUGUUGCCCUUCUGAAAUGGAAUGAGGUUAGAUACAGGAAGAAAGGAUUGCCACCAGGUACAAUGGGGUGGCCACUGUUUGGAGAGACCACUGAGUUUCUAAAACAAGGUCCAGCCUUCAUGAAAAAUCAAAGAUCAAGGUUCGGGAGCUUUUUCAAAUCCCACAUACUAGGUUGUCCUACCAUAGUUUCGAUGGAUACGGAGUUAAACAAGUACAUCCUGGUUAAUGAAGCGAAAGGCCUUGUCCCUGGCUAUCCUCAGUCGAUGUUGGAUAUACUCGGGAAAUGCAACAUCGCAGCCGUCCACGGCUCUGCUUACAAGUAUAUGAGAGGGGCCAUACUUGCUCUUAUUAACCCCACAAUGAUUAAAGAUCAACUCUUGCCCAAAAUAGACGAUUUCAUGAGAUCUCAUCUGAGUGAUUGGGAUAACAAGAUAGUCGAUAUCCAAGAGAAAACGAAAGAGAUGGCGUUUCUGUCAUCAUUUAGACAAAUAGCAAGCACUGAAGCAAGCUCAAUAUCUGAAACAUUCAUGCAUGAAUUCAUCAAACUGGUUCUGGGAACUCUUUCACUCCCUAUCAACCUUCCCAACACAGAUUACCAUCGCGGAUUUCAGGCAAGACAGAACAUUACAUGCUGGUUAAGGAAACUAGUCGAAGAAAGAAAAGCUUCUGGAGAAAAACAAGGGGACAUGCUUGGUCAUCUAGUGGGUGAAGAGAACAAAUACAAGCUAAGUGAUGAGGAAAUGAUCGACUUGAUCAUCACCAUUCUGUAUUCUGGAUACGAGACCGUGUCAACUACUUCUAUGAUGGCUGUCAAUUAUCUUCAUGAUCAUCCAAAAGUGCUAGAAGAAUUAAGGAAAGAACAUAUGGCUAUAAGGGAAAGAAAAAAUGCUGAGGAUCCUAUUGAUUACAAAGACUACAGAUCCAUGUGUUUCACACGUGCAGUCAUGUAUGAGACAUUCAGACUGGCUUCAAUAGUACAUGGUGUUAGCCAUUCUUUACUGAUCUCUAUACCGAAAUCACAUUCUAGAUUUGAAUUAAUUCAACCAUAUUAACACACUAUAAAGAGGGGAUAAAAUCACCAACCUCCAUCCAUGCUUAUUAAUUUGAUGUAGGGUUGGAUCCACUAUUUGAUGUUUCCCCUUAAGCUGCUAUUGAUGUUUAUCCUCUCCUUGGCCUCAAGCUUUGAUGAUUAUUUUGAUGAAAUAAAGAAUCGAAACUUUAUAUAUAAAUAUUGUAAGAAUAUAUGUGUAUAAACAAUUGCCGAGAGUAUACAAAUU